UGAGGGGGAGGGGCGGCGGUGGGGGCGGAGGGCUUGUGGUUCCACUGCAGCGGGGGCUCCUGUGUCCUUGUGCGGAAAUGACACACGGAGUCCCGUCACGUCACGCGAGAGCGCAGCGCACGGACACACACAAAGAGGGGAAAAUACACGGCGCCCGCCCGCCGCCCCCAGCGCCUCCGCGGGCCGCCCCGCCAGCCCCUCGGCGCGCGGCCCCCACCCCGGCCCUCCCCCGCACGUGGCGCCCGAACUCGGCGCGGGCCCCUCGGCAAAGUAGAGAACUCGCGUCCCAGUGGAAUAGAAGAUGAACUCAACUGAAUUCAGUGAAGAUGUAGAAGAAGUUCUAAAAAACAACACUGUGAAGGUGGAGACGGAGAGUGAGGAUGCUGCUCUGGACUGCUCACUGAGCUCCAGGACCGCGGAGAAGCACCCUCUGGACAGCGUCUUCAGCGCCCUCCAGGUGUCCAGCAAACGCCGGCAGCUGGGCAGCGACAGCCAGCUGGACUGUGUCACCAGUGUGAAGAGGAGGCGGCUGAUACCCGAGGCACUGCUGGCAGGCAUGCGGAACCGGGAGAACAGCUCGCCCUGCCAGGGCAAUGGAGAGGCGGCCGGCAGGGGCAGGAGUGUGGGCUCCGCUUGGCUGGGCGAGGAGGAGCCCUGCAACGACACGGCCACUGCUUCCUACAAGAAGCCUCUGUACGGCAUCUCCCACAAGAUCAUGGAGAAGAAGAACCCGCCCGCCGGGGACCUGCUCAGCACCUACGAGGUCUUCGAGAAGCCAAACCCCAGCAACAGCCCCUCCCCGCUGCGCCUGCUGAGCGAAACUCAGAAGCGAGACUGCGGCAGCACCGGGGCGGCCAGCGACGGUGACCCCAACAUCUACUUCCUGAUCCAGAAGAUGUUCUACAUGCUGAACACACUCACGUCCAACAUGUCCCAGCUGCACAGCAAGGUGGACCUGCUCUCCCUGGAAGUGAGCCGCAUCAAGAAGCAGGUGAGCCCCUCUGAGCUGGUGGCCAAGUUCCAGCCGCCGCCCGAGUACCAGCUGACCGCCGCGGAGCUCAAGCAGAUCGUGGACCAGAGCAUGUCCGGCGGCGACCUGGCUUGCCGGCUGCUGGUGCAGCUCUUCCCCGAGCUCUUCAGCGAUGUGGACUUCUCCCGGGGCUGCAGCGCCUGUGGCUUCGCUGCCAAGCGGAAGCUGGAGUCGCUGCACCUGCAGCUCAUCCGCAACUACGUGGAGGUCUACUACCCCUCCGUGAAGGACACCACGGUGUGGCAGGCCGAGUGCUUGCCGCAGCUCAAUGACUUCUUCAGCCGCUUCUGGGCCCAGCGGGAGAUGGAGGACAGCCAGCCCGGGGGCCAGGUCCCCAGCUUUUUUGAAGCUGAGCAAGUGGAUGCCAGCCACUUCUUGGACAAGAAGGACCAGGAGGAGGCCUUGUCUCUGGACCGGAGCAGCACCAUUGCCUCCGACCAUGUCGUGGACACGCAGGACCUCACUGAGUUCCUGGACGAAGCCUCAUCGCCGGGCGAGUUUGCCGUCUUCCUCCUCCACCGGCUCUUCCCCGAGCUCUUUGACCACCGGAAGCUGGGCGAGCAGUACAGCUGCUACGGCGAUGGCGGCAAGCAGGAGCUGGACCCGCAGCGGCUGCAGAUCAUCCGCAACUACACGGAGAUCUACUUCCCCGACAUGCAGGAGGAGGACGCCUGGCUGCAGCAGUGCGUCCAGCGCCUGAACGAUGAGCUGGAGGGCCUGGGGCUGGAAGCGGGCAGCGAGGGGGAGCCCCCGCGGGACGACUGUUACGACUCCUCCAGCCUCCCGGAUGACAUCUCCGUGGUCAAGGUGGAGGACAGCUUCGAGGGGGAGCGGCCCGGCCGGCGCUCCAAGAAGAUCUGGCUGGUGCCCAUCGACUUCGACAAGCUGGAGAUCCCGCAGCCGGACUUCGAGGUGCCGGGGGCCGACUGCCUGCUCAGCAGGGAGCAGCUGCGCAGCAUCUACGAGAGCAGCCUGUCCAUCGGCAACUUCGCCUCCCGCCUGCUGGUGCACCUGUUCCCCGAGCUCUUCACCCACGAGAACCUGAGGAAGCAGUACAACUGCAGCGGCUCCCUGGGCAAGAAGCAGCUGGACCCGGCUCGCAUCAGGCUGAUCCGCCACUACGUGCAGCUGCUCUACCCCCGGGCCAAGAACGACCGCGUGUGGACGCUGGAGUUCGUGGGCAAGCUGGACGAGCGCUGCAGGCGCCGGGACACCGAGCAGCGCCGUUCCUACCAGCAGCAGCGCAAGGUGCACGUUCCGGGCCCCGAGUGCAGGGACGCGGCGAGCUAUGCCAUCAACGCCGAGAGGUUCCGAGAGGAGUACGAGGGGCCCCCGUUGCCCCCGGAAAGAAGCAGCAAGGACUUCUGCAAGAUCCCCCUGGACGAGCUGGUGGUGCCCUCGCCCGACUUCCCGGUGCCUUCUCCCUACCUGCUGUCCGACAAGGAGGUGCGUGAGAUCGUGCAGCAGAGCCUGUCCGUGGGCAACUUCGCCGCCCGGCUGCUGGUCCGGCUCUUCCCCGAACUCUUCACCGCCGAGAACCUGCGGCUGCAGUACAACCACUCGGGGGCCUGUAACAAGAAGCAGCUGGACCCGACCCGGCUGAGGCUCAUCCGGCACUACGUGGAGGCCGUGUACCCGGUGGAGAAGAUGGAGGAGGUGUGGCACUAUGAAUGUAUCCCCAGCAUCGACGAGCGGUGUCGCCGCCCCAACAGGAAAAAGUGCGACAUCCUCAAGAAGGCCAAGAAGGUGGAGAAGUGAUGGCCCGUGGGACCCCCAAAGCCUGAGUGCUGGGCUCCCCUGGGCUGAGCGGUGCCGUGGAGCACGCGUGUGGCACCCACAGGCAGGCACCUUAUGUCCACGGGGAGUGGCCUCUACCUUUGCACAGAUAAACACCCACCCGACCACGAGAAAGGAGCCUUGGAUUUGAUUUCUCGUCCUCGUGACUUUCCUGUGCUCCCCGAGGCGGCUGCUGGAGGCGGGGACGCCUGAGCCAGCAGAGGGCCUGGAGGAGCGGGGUCCGCCCCAGUGCAGCCUCCGCAGCCCAGGCUCAGCACCCAGCAGCCCUCCCCUCACACGUUCCCAGCUCCCAUUUUACCCCGCCCUUUUUGUAAUUAAACUGAAAUCCUUUUUAAAAGCAAAAAUCAUUGGGCUCUUUCAGGGCCAUUUUACUUAGGAAAACAAAAUCUUUUUAAGUGUGUGAGAUGAAGAAGUACUGUACGAUGAGCUAGGUGCUGGGAUUUUUAAAGCUGAUUUCAGAUUUAUGAAUUUUGUAGAAGUGCCGUGUGCGUUUGUGGUGGGUAAUCAGCACCGGGCGGCACAGAGACUGAGUCCCUGACCCGAUCUUUGACAUUUGGUUCUGGAAGACUCAGGCACCCUCGUGCGGGGGUAGGGCGGGGCGGGAUGGGGCUGGACGGGCUCGCGCUGACCGCGCUGCCUUGGCGGUGCGGGGCAGUGCGGGGCCGCUGCCGCCCCUCUGUCGGCGAGAACACUGGAUGAUGAUGACAUGAAUGUAGACGGACUGGGCUCAGGUGUUCACGGUGUCUUCGGGGAGCUGUGUCCUUCGGCGCCGUCCCUCUCCCCGCCUGGGUGCUGGCUGGAAGGGCAGCCAGGCUCCCUGGAGAGCGGUGCGAGUGGGCAUGUGGCUUGGUGUUUGACUUAGGGGUGGGCCCCUCCGGGCGCACUGAGAACUGUUUGUUUUCCGUGUGGGUAGUGUGUGAAAUCCGGGUCUGGGUUCUGUGGUGACUCCCCAGACCUGUGUCCACCCUCCCACCCAGGACAUCCUGGUUCCUGGGCAGGCAGGCGUGGGCCCGCCCUCCUAGGAACACCUGGUUUUGGAAGGACACUGGUCAUCUCAGAUGACCCACUGGGUGUCCUUCCCAGGCCCACUCAGCUUUCUCCUCAGACCCCUGGAAGCUUCCACUGUGCUGCCCUGGCUCGCUCCUGCUCUGACCCAUACAUCUCUUCCUCCCCACCGACUGGGCAGGUGGGCCUGCUGCAAGCCAGUGGCUCGCUCUGGACACCCCACGACAGGCUGUGUCCUAAAAGACAGUUUCUCCCUGUGGGGUCCUCAUGCUCCAGGGGAAAGGAAACAGUUACCCGAGUUGAAUCUUGCCAGAGACCCUAGAAACAACUGAAUCAAACCAGGUAGUCAUCAAACCCUUGUGGGACAUUACAGAUUUAAUAAUGUAAUGAUUUAAUAUUUUGCUACCCUAAAAUGCAGAAAUAGAAACAAUCUGAAUUUCCUUCAUAUAAUUAAGAAUGUUAGUUCCUGUGACUGUUACAAUUUUGCUUGCAGGCAGUGGGCAUUUAUAUGUGUAAAACAGAACUUUGAGCAGUAAAGUUGCUGUUUUAAGUCCUGACAGAUUAUUUCUGCAGAACUUCAGACCUGUGUGUCUGAAAUUGAGGCAGGGACCCAGUUAGUCCCUGUCACACUCCCACACAUGGGACACACACAAGAAGCUUAAGCGAGAGGAGGCUACAUGAAUAACAAGUUCUUUUGUGCCUGAAUAGAAGGGACUAGAGCAGCCAGGAGCCCCACUUUCCCCCCUCCUUUAGGCUUUCGCCUUGCCUUAGUUCCCCUAGUGCACGCGUGCGUGCCUGCCUACACACACACACACACACACACACACACACACACACACACACACACCCUACCCAAAGAUGGCCGUGGCGUGCUGCGCUUGGCCCUGCUAGUUGGGGGUAUGGAAUUUGUUCUGGUCUCUAGGAUGCAUCCAAGAGGAUUUCAAGCCAUGUGACAGUUACCCUGCUUUCUAGAGAGUGGAAUGUGACCCUGCAACUUUAGAAGCACAAUCACUUAAUUUUUAAAAAAUUUCUUGCCUAUUCACAUUAGGGAAAUCAACAGAGACUCAGAGUACAUCUCUUUACAAACUAGAGCAUGUUAAAGUUUAGAGACUGCGUUUCGGUGGUUUCCUUCACACUGUCCUUGUGUAGGGCGUCUCCCCGAACCUGUGAUCCUUGCAGCGAAGAGGGGUGGCCUACUCCAGGAGCUGUUUCCGGUCCCCGGACUGUGUUCUGUCUGCGGGGGGCGCUCACCUCACCGUGACACAGGCGGUUUUUACAAGAAGCAAUAGAAGUACAAAAACGCUUAUUUUUUCAUGAUCUGACGUGCUCCUUAAAAGCUGCUCCUCUUCUCCAUCCAGAUUCCUCUGUUGUACUGUAGUGUUUUUGGACUUUUUCUUUUGCCUUCUAUCCCAAGUACUAAAGAAUUAGCACAGACACGUUCUGAGGUUAAGCACAGUAGUCACGUAGGUGUAGUGGUCAUGGUUUUCUGUUAGUAAGGUGUUAAAGAAUGUAUGAGGAUAGUCUUGAAUGUACUGUGUUCGAGUCCUGCUUUAGUUCUCGUGUCCGUGUCCACAUGACGACAAACAUUGACAGGGAGUAGGUGUCCGUUGUCGGGAUGCUAGCGUGCCCUUCCCCUGCGGUCUUGACCCUGAAUGUUCGUUUCUCUUUUAGUUGGGGGUGGGGCUGUCUGCGGCAGUCACCAACCAACUGUGGGAUCUGCUCCGUGGCGAUGGCUCGGCUUUGGCGGGUGGGAGUGAGGGCCCGAGCCCGCUGUGGCAAGCCCCACAGAGCUCUGCGCCCACCCAGUGGGCAGGGGCUGUGCGGCUCCUGUGUGGCCGUGUAGGUCCUCGGGCGCCCGGGGACCACCACUGCUCUUUAGAAAUAGCUGCCUCGCCUCGGGUAGAUCCAGCCUUAAUGUUUUUCUGACAUCCUAGAAGGAGCAGACCCUGCACAAAGCGGAUAUCAGAGUUCACACUGUGAGGAGACAAGAUGAUGCGAAUAGUUUUACCAAAGAUAAUGAAUUGUCGAAUACUGUCUGGAUUUUACCAUUGAUCUGAGUGCAUCCUUAGAAAACUGAAUGUAAUGAAAACCCAGGACAUUUUUGCAAAUUGUAUGCUGUCUAGCAACUUUGUGUGAAUUUUUAUACAAGCACUGUUUUAUGAGUUAUAUAAAAUGUUAUAAAAAUAGAAAA